GAUAUUACAAUUAUCCGUGUUAUGACCACACAUUGCAUAUGAACAUCCGCCAUUUUACAUAUGGCUCUGAUGGAAAAUGGAUAACGUUUAUGUUUGUGUGUUAGACACAGUAGUGUAGGAUGCUUACGAUACAGAAACAUACAGCACUACGAAACUCUCAUGUUCCCAGAAGUAUGACGGAAGGGAUGUGACGGGCAUUGCUGGUACUACCAUGUUGUGGUUUGUGUUACAACAGAAGAUGGCGUCUCGGUAGUUUAUAUGGAGUAAGGGCGUGAGCUUUGUAUUUGAUAAGGAAGAUGUCUUUACUUCCCCCCCUUACAUAAUGCCGCCUCCUGUGGUAAGCUGGCCAUAGUCCACAAACUUGUCAGGGCAGGCCAUAAGGUGGACAAACAGUCAGGACACGGACGUACCCCGAUAAUGUGGGCUGUUCUCCGAGGACAUAGAAAGUUUAGGUAGCACGGUACCUCUUGAACGUUACGCCACCAGAAUCUCUUGCACUUCUCGAUUUUGGAGGUGACAGUGUGCUGCAUUAUAUGGCCAUAUUAGGACGUGUAUGGCUGGAUAUAUGGUCCGAUAUCUGUAGGAUUUGUCCAGACGCCUUACACUGUAGCUCCAAAGUGGGACGACGCCCCACUGACGUCAUACGACGCUGGAGGAACAGGAGUGAGGAUCACAGAAAACUCUGGCAAUUUGUCUGUAAACAAGAAUAUCAGCGGGGUGUUGCAGAAAACUUUGAAGAAAAGUCCAACAUAACGAUUACAUGCAUUGGGCACGAAGGCGUUGGUAAAACUUGUCUGGUGAAACAAUUACUAGAGGAACAGAUUCCAAAAGAAGGUCCUGGUUCUACAGAUACGGCCCACCUACUGACCAAUCAUCUGUUUGUGAACCAGAGGACGCGCACGCGAGAGCGAGUACGUGAUGGCAGAGAAAUGGAGACCGGUCGACAACGCCUGCGGCGUGUAAUUCGUAGAUACAGGGAUAAGGCGAGUGACAAAACUUCAGAAGAAUAUGAUAGUGAAUCUGAAGACGGAAAUAUAACCACGUCCAUGGUUGAUACGAGAUCAUACACUUACACCGAAGAUGAGACAUCUUCAUCACCGCCAAGUCCACUGUCUGAUUCAGACAUCCUUGUCGAACCGGAACUAGAUGUCACAGACGAUCAAAUGGCGGCUAUGGAAAAUGUGAUGAGUGUUGAAAAUGUUGCCGAAGAAGAAACCGGUUUUGUGACAAUUUAUGAUUUCGGUGGUGAGAAAAUAUUCUACAACACACACCACUGUCUGCUUUCUAGUGAUAUGAUCUUUAUGCUAGUGUUUGACGUCGCUAUGUGUCUGGAUCCUGAAACUGAAGAAAAAGGAUACGAGAGGAUAGAAUUUUGGCUGCGAUCAAUAGCAACAUACGCGAUUGACAAGACUGAAAGCGAAAUAGGAACACCGCCGAUUCUUUUGAUUGGUUCCCAUAUGGACUUAGUUUCAGGAACAGAGGAGGAAAAGGACGAAAAGUUCGGCGAAGUCUUGGAGAGGCUCUAUAAUAAACCAGGCAUCAAAGAAAUCAUGGAACACCACGUUCAGGAUAUGUAUCACAUAGAAAACAUGAACGACUCUUGUAAAAACAAGGCUCUCUACCAGACACUUUGGGAUAAGAUCGUGGAUGUAGCACAUCUCCAGUCUCAAUGGAAGUCCCUGGUCCCAGCCAGAUGGCUGGCGCUUGAGCAGGAACUCUUCAAAAAGAAGGAUGAAAAUGUAGAUGUACUUACGUAUCAGGAACUCAUCACCAUCAACAACGCCUUGGUCGUGCCUCUCCCUGAGGAUGAUAUCAAACCUUUCCUGUUACAUCUACACCUGUCGGGAUCAAUAUUGUCAUACGGUUUAGAAGGAUCCGCCCCGAUAGUUAUGUUAAAACCACAGUGGAUGAUUGAUGCUUUCAAACACAUCAUUACAGCUCCAAAAUUUAAAACAAGGCUAUCACCAAAGGAAAGGCUUCAAUGGAAAGAGUAUGAAAAGACCGGGAAGUUGACAUUCUCAUUUCUAAAGAUCCUGUGGUCAAAGGAUACUUCAGGUGGAUUUCUAGAGAAAGAUGAAAUUCUUUGUAGCAUUAUGGAAGGACUUGGUUUGAUAGCUAAGCCUCUUCCAGAGGACCUGACAAAAGAUGUAACAUUCUAUCUUAUACCAUCCAUGCUACAGGAGUCUGGCCCCGACGUGCUACUGCCAAUUGUCUCUGCUCCAAGCGUUACCAUGACACCUGCUCUCUGUGUUGUGUUUGACAACCAAUUCAUACCACAGGCUAUAUGGGACAAAACCAUUGCAGCAUGUAUUGUUCGCUUUCAGCCAAUGAACGAGCCAGGAUACGAUGGAUCAAAGUUCUUACAACGUGGCUUUGUGUGUCUGUCCGUCGAUCACAAAUGGAAUAUGGUUAUUAACUGCCGUGAGUACGUAAUGAAGGUGGCAAUGUUCACAACAGAGAAAACAAAAGGUGAAACUCGUAUGACGGGAGUUGGUAUACAAAUACAACAGAUGUUGAAUUAUCUGCUGAAUAAGAUUCUACAGAUGAACCAACAAAGUCACCUUGGGUUUGAAUACUUCCUGCAUCCUGACUUCCGCUUUUUCCCAGACGAACGAAGAGUUCGAGCCAACGAUCUGAUGAUAGAGUCCACGAUGAAAUGCUACAGUUCAAAUGGGACUCAGUGGCUUGAAAGGAAAGAUUUCAAUGUUUGGUUUGAAGAACCCGAUGUGGAUCACAGUACUCCUGGCAUUGAGAGAGCAAGGCUUUCUGGCAUCCCGGACAGAAAACCCACAGUACGAGAGAUGGGACGGAUUUCCAAGUACAUUGAUGGGUCCUUCCAGAUGUUUUUCAUGGAGCUUGGUUGUCCUAGUCAACUAAUUGACCAAACACUCAUGGAAUAUCGGUACCUGUCGUUCCGCUCAAUCGUGACCCGCAUCUUAAUCACGUGGUGCAACAAAUGCCCGGAUAUCCGGUUUCCCGAAAUCUACGCGGCCAUGACAGAGCACGGAAUGGACGGGGAGAGUCUAUUGGAAACAGUAGAGCAGGAUUCAGCGUCAAGUGGACAUAUCAAAGGAUUAGAUGUCCCUGAGGAGGUUUUAGAUGCAUGCCCCAACCUUGAUCACGUGGGCACAAUCGUCGCCUAUAUUGGCAAGUCGUAUUUCAACCUCUUCAUUGAGCUAGGAUUUGACGCCACAACUCUUGACCAAUUCGAUUUGAACUUUCCAAACAGUGAUGUCAAGGAAAAACUGAACGCCCUAACGACCGCUUGGAUAAAGAAUAAAAACAACAAUCCAACGUUAAAGCAACUUCUUUUGGGCAUGCGUGACUGUGAUAUGGACUUUGUUUCUCUUGCUGAUAAACUAACGAAGGCAUCGAAAGAAAAGUGAAUAAUAAGAAGUAUUCGUAUGACUCUCCUGUUCCGCCCUGUCAAUAUAGUAUGCUUUAAGCAAGCUAAAACAAACCUCUCUGUAAAUAAGAGAAGUUAGUAAAGAACUCCGUCUUCGUACAUUAAAAA